UCAGAGGGCUUAUAUCUACCUCCACCCUCUACUUGAUGCAUAAAAAAGGUUUGCAAAACUCUGGGAUAACUAACAUGCCGGGCUAUGUACCCAGCCACGCUUCUGGCGCUUUAAACUCCAUGCCUCGAAGGGUUGAUGUGAGAAUUAAGAGACACAGGCUGUGGUAGCUUGUGGCAAACUGAGGUGUGGUCCCUGCUGGUUAUUUUUAGCAAUCAAGGAAACUGGUUUGGAAGGGGUUAAGGGGAGACCCUGCCUCCCAGCCAGGAACGAAUCAAGGCUGGCAGGGGAGGAGCCAGGCUGCCACUAGGAGAGAAAUCUAGACUGGCCAGAUGUUGCCUGGAGAGGGAAGGGAGAAGACACAUAGGAAGGGCUGGGGGCCAUGGGGCAGAGCCUUGGUGCAGGGUCGCUGGCCUCUGCAAGGUGAUAGCUCCAAGCCAGAGGGUGCAGGGUCAGCUUCUAGGGGCUGGAGGAGGAGGGGCUGAGCUGCCUGAGCCAGAGACAGUGGUAGGGUGGGAAGGGACCAGGACCAAGAGCCCUCUUGGCCCCCCAGGCAGGGAGCACUGGCUGCACCCAGGCCUUGAACUCAGCUGACCCUGAUAGCCCACAUGGGGCACAGGGUCUAAUUUUAGCUCAGCCACAGGGCCCAGAGCCCAGGAGUGCCGGUCAACUGGCACAGGGGUGGCCAGGGCUGCUCCGGGACUGCUCAGGCAGGUGUGUGUGUGUGUGUGGAAGGGGGGGGCGGGGGGAGGUGAUUGGGGAGACCAGCCCUGCAUCCUGGCCACAAGCUGCCUCUUGUGGGAGCCCUGACAGGUCCCCCAUGGCCUGGCAGACAGUCAUUUCCAUUGAGGGCCAGGUCAGGGGGUUCAGCCAGAAGGGCAGGAGGACACAGCCUAGCAGUCUGGACAGGGGUUGCAUCAGCCUGAAUAGUGCCUGGGGGCAGGGGGCCCUGCUGGGAGGGCAAAGACCUGCUCGCUUGUCCAAAGACCAAGGAAGCAGAGCCCUGACCACAGGAACGCAAGGCCAGAAAGCUGGGCCCUUGCUGGCCUCCUCGUGCCUGGGUGCUGACUUGCUGUUGGACGCUGCGCAGGCAGCCUGCUCUUGAUGAGCCUCAGUCUUCCCAUCUGUACAAUGAGGGCGCUGAACUAGGUUGAUCCCAGCUCCAGCAGCCCACCCUCAGGCCCCUGCUCCUCCGCGUCCCCGGCCCUGGCUGUGGGUGGCCACAUGCAGUCGUGGAGAAGGAAGUCCCUUUGGCUGGCACUGUUGGCCUCCUGGCUCCUCGGCCUCCUGGGAAUCUUACCCCUUCUCCGCCUGGCGGUACCCACCGGACCUCGGGCGGGGGCCCCCCAAGGCUGGCCCCGCUGGCUGGAUGCAGAGCUCCUGCAGAGUUUCUUGCAGCCUGGGGCGCUCCCAGAAGAUGUCCCUCAACUUCCUCGAGUCCCCCGGGGUGGCAGCUGCGACUGGGGAGCUUGCUUUGAUACCUCGAAGUGCAGGAGUGGUGGCUUCAAGGUGUUCGUGUACCCAGCGGCCGGACCCAUCUCUGAGAUGCAGCAAAAGAUCCUGGCUUCCAUCGAGGGAUCUCGCUACCACACAGUCAGCCCUACCGAGGCCUGCCUCCACCUCCUCAGCCUGGACGCCCCGGCUGGAGCAUGCAGCCUGGUGCCCCCGAAAUGGAACGGGGGCCAGAACCAUCUGGUCCUGCGGCUCCACCCGGCCUCCUGCUCUGGGACCUUCCAGCUGGGACAGGCAAUGGUGGCCGAGGCCAGCCCCACGGUGGACACCUUCCGGCCUGGCUUCGACGUGGCCCUCCCGCUUCUCCCUGAAGCCCACCCGGUUCGAGGCGGAGCUCCUGGCCAGCUGCGGCAGCACAGGCGCGUGGCAGGCACCGACUCCUCGGCCUGCCCCUGGGAUGGGCACUGUGAGCAGGACCAUGGACCGGAGCAGACCCACCCUGGGGCAGCGCUGCCCAAUGCCACCUUCUGCCUCAUCCCCGGCCACCGUGCUGAUGGCUUGCGCUUCCUCCAAGCCCUGCAGGCUGGCUGCGUCCCUGUGCUUCUCAGCCCUCGCUGGGAGCUGCCCUUCUCGGAGGUCAUCGACUGGACCAAGGCGGCCAUUGUAGCAGACGAGAGGCUCCCACUGCAGGUGCUGGCUGCCCUCCGGGAGAUGCCCCCCACGCGGGUCCUCGCCCUGCGCCAGCAGACCCAGUUUCUGUGGGACACCUACUUCUCCUCAAUGGAGAAGGUCAUCCGUACCACUCUCGAGAUCAUUCAGGACCGGAUCCUCGGAGCAUCCGCUCACCCAUCGCUGUUGUGGAACAGCCCCCCAGGGGCACUCCUGGCCCUGCCCGCGUUCUCCACGAGUCCCCUGGACUUCCCCUUCUAUCACCUACAGCAGGGCUCUCGCCCUGCAGGCAGGUUCAGCGCCCUCAUCUGGGUGGGGGCCACAGGCCAGCCCCCCCUGAAGCUCAUCCAGGCAGUGGCAGGCUCCCAGCACUGUGCCCAGAUCUUGGUUCUCUGGAGCAAUGACAAGCCACCCCCACCCAGUUGGCCUGAGACAGCAGUGCCCUUGCUGGUCAUCGAGGGGCACAGGAAGGUCAGCGACCGCUUCCUCCCGUACAGUGCCAUCAGCACCGAUGCCAUCCUCAGCCUUGAUGCCCACAGCAGCCUUUCCACCAGCGAGGUGGACUUUGCUUUCGUGGUGUGGCAGAGCUUCCCGGAGCGGAUGGUGGGCUUUCUGACAUGGAGCCACUUCUGGGAUGAGGCCCAGGGGCGCUGGGGCUAUACCACUGAGAGGGCCAACGAAUUCUCCAUGGUCCUCACCUCGGCGGCCUUCUACCACAGGUACUACCACACCCUCUUCACCCACUCCCUGCCCACGGCUCUGAGGCGCCUGGCGGAGGCCGCACCCCCCUGUGUGGACGUCCUGAUGAACUUCCUGGUGGCAGCAGCCACCAAGCUGCCCCCCAUCAAGGUGCCCUAUCGGAGGCGGCACGAGGACGCCAGCCCAUCGCGGGUGCCUGGGGGCCUGGGGCCCGCAGCCCGGGACUGCAUCGACCGGGUGGCGGCGGGGUUCGGCCACAUGCCCCUGGUGUCCUCUCGCCUCCGUCUGGACCCAGUGCUCUUUAAGGACCCGGUGUCGGUGCUGCGCAAGAAGUACCGAGGCCUGGAGAAGCCCUAAGGAGGGCGCACCGGACCCCGCCCUGACCACCCCCAGCGCCGAGUCUGCUCGGAGGGGGCGGCUCGGCUCAGGUGUCCCCUCCCUGGA